GGGUCGCAGUUUUGCCAAGGGUUUGGCGGGAUCGGCGGCAUCUUGCGAUGGCAGGUGGACUUUAUGGAGCUCGAGUACAACGGCGAGUCCGACGACGACUUUGACGACGACGACUUCAUCUAA